AAAACCCAUGUGUACAAAAAGACCCUGCAGGCUCUGAUCUACCCCAUCUCCUGCACCACGCCCCACAACUUCGAGGUCUGGACCGCCACCACGCCCACGUACUGCUACGAGUGCGAGGGGUUGCUGUGGGGAAUUGCCCGACAAGGCAUGCGCUGUGCCGAGUGUGGGGUAAAAGUGCACGAGAAAUGCCAGGAGCUGCUGAACGCUGACUGUCUGCAGAGAGCAGCCGAGAAGAGCUCCAAGACGGGGGCGGAGGACCGGACGCAGCACAUCAUCAUGGCGAUGAAGGACAGGAUGAAGAUCCGCGAGAGGAACAAGCCCGAGAUCUUCGAGGAGAUCCGGAAGGUGUUCGACAUCUCCAAGAUGAUCCACGCGCAGUACAUGAAGAGCAUCAAGCAGAGCGUCCUGGACGGCACCUCCAAGUGGUCGGCCAAGAUCACCAUCAACA